AUGUCAGACUCACCAAGAACUCCAGAUGCACUCAAACAAGCACCCCUCAGUAAUCCUCGAUUACAGAUUCCUCGCCCCGCAUUCCAACGCGAGACCACUGCCGUCGAUCCCUCGGAAUGGCAAGCUUACACACCGAAGACUUCGCACGGGUUUAUAGCCAUGCAUACCUCCACGCCCGAGGACAUGCACGAGAACAGGGGUAAUGGGAAGCCUACAGCAGUCAAAGAUUACUUCUCAGUACCAAAACAGAAGCAAAAUCCCAUCCUCUCUCCUAACCCUGCGCCGUAUGAACCGCAUGGUUUCUUGCCACUUUGUUCCGUUGCGGCCGUUGAAGUCGACGCGACCGAUUACUUCGGAUUGUCAGACAGAUCUGUUAAAAGUGCUAUCGAGGAUGCAAGCUGUGGCGACCCGGUUGUGGCCAAGGAUGUCGAGUGUGAUCGCGCUCCGCAGUCUGAAGGUCACGUGCAUAGGAGCCGGCGCCCGCUGGGCGAGGUUACGCAUCCAUCAGGAGAGCAGCAUAACGAGUGCGAUGUCGUGCCGAAGCCAGAAGAAGAACAGGAUAUCGAAAAGAAGCCCGAGAUGGUAUUGCGCGGCGGCAGUGGCGAAGAGCUUAGCGACGGAGACAAAGAGACGGCCGAUCGUUCACCUAAAGGCGAUGUGCCUGACCCCAAAGACCAUAGACGAGAAAUCGAAGCUAACACACCGGUCGCUUCAUCGCGCACUGACGUAGCCCAGAAAGAUCAUACCGAAGAACUGAAUCGUAUUCCGGCGGCGCUCAAUAGAGCGCUCGAACAGAUGUUACAAGAAGUCGCAACCGUUUGUAACAUGGCAAUAGACAUGCACGUGGCUAGCAACGAUCCUUCCAGCACAGAACCCACGCUCGAAAAAACAGCAGGACGUGACGAUGCCGAAAAGACAUCACAGCCGCCAACAGAUCAACCUGAUGAUUCUGAAAGCGCUCAUGCGGCAUGA